UCAUCAUCAUCAUCAUCCUCCAAUUAUAUAUGUCGAACACAACAGAAGAAGACAGUCAAUAGACGAAAGAGGAAUACCAAAACCCUAAAAAGAAGAGAAGAGAGUUCCCAAACCCAUUCUAUCUCUGCGAUCCGAUCGGAAGCCAUGGAUGAAGAAUAUGACGUCAUCGUCUUAGGCACGGGUCUCAAGGAGUGCAUCCUCAGUGGUCUUCUCUCCGUUGACGGCCUCAAGGUCCUCCACAUGGAUAGAAAUGAUUACUAUGGAGGCGAGUCUACGUCUCUUAAUCUUAUUCAGCUGUGGAAGAGGUUCAGGGGCAAUGAUAAGCCACCAGCUCAUUUGGGUUCUAGUAGGGAUUACAAUGUAGACAUGAUCCCUAAGUUUAUGAUGGCAAAUGGAACUCUAGUUCGUGUCCUUAUUCAUACAGAUGUCACCAAGUACUUGUACUUUAAAGCAGUGGAUGGGAGCUUUGUUUAUAACAAAGGAAAGAUUCAUAAAGUUCCAGCAACAGACAUGGAGGCUCUGAAAUCUCCCCUUAUGGGUAUAUUUGAGAAACGCCGCGCUCGCAAGUUCUUCAUAUAUGUUCAAGACUAUGAUGAAAAGGAUCCCAAGACGCAUGAUGGAAUGGACUUAACAAGAGUGACAACUAGAGAACUGAUAGCGAAAUAUGGUCUUGACGACAAUACUGUGGACUUUAUUGGCCAUGCAUUAGCUCUUCAAAGGGAUGACCGUUACCUAAAUGAACCUGCACUGGAUACCGUGAAAAGAAUGAAGCUUUAUGCUGAGUCUCUUGCACGUUUUCAAGGAGGAUCGCCAUAUAUAUAUCCUUUAUAUGGACUGGGAGAGCUUCCACAGGCCUUUGCACGGCUUAGUGCAGUUUAUGGAGGGACAUAUAUGUUGAAUAAACCUGAGUGCAAGGUUGAGUUCAAUGAGGAGGGAAAAGUCAUUGGGGUCACAUCUGAAGGUGAAACUGCUAGAUGCAAAAAGGUUGUGUGUGAUCCAUCAUACUUGCAAAACAAGGUUAGAAAGGUUGGUAAGGUUGCAAGGGCAAUUGCCAUCAUGAGCCAUCCAAUACCGAACACCAAUGAUUCUCACUCAGUACAGGUUAUCUUGCCACAGAAGCAGUUGGGUCGCCAAUCAGACAUGUAUCUUUUCUGUUGUUCUUACUCUCACAAUGUUGCUCCAAAAGGAAAAUUUAUUGCAUUUGUAUCGACUGACGCAGAGACAGACAAUCCAGAGUCUGAGCUGAAACCUGGAAUUGAUCUUCUUGGGCCUGUCGACGAGAUAUUUUUUGAUAUUUAUGACAGAUAUGAACCAGUCAAUGAACCCACACUGGACAAUUGCUUUAUAUCAACAAGUUAUGAUGCUACAACACACUUCGAGUCGACUGUGUUGGAUGUACUCAACAUGUACACCCUGAUUACUGGGAAGGUUCUUGACCUCAGCGUGGACUUGAGUGCUGCUAGUGCUGCGGAAGAAUGAGAAACACACACACCCACACCCCUCUCCUCUCCUUUUGGUGGGAUUGGGGGGGCCUUUCCUUGCAUCAAAAUUCAAAAUUAUUAUGCAUGCUUUCGCAACAGGAGUGGAACUGGAUUAAUUUUUUUUCUGUGUUUUAUUAUUAUGUUAUAAAAAUUUAAAAUGGUUAUGUCAGGUCAUGUAGAUUUCAGACAAAAUUUGGCUAUGUAUUUGUGGCAACUUGUUUGUAUUCCAUGGUCUUUCCUUUGGUCAUGUCGUAUACUCAUAACUCAAUACAUUCCAAUUUGGAAUGAUAAUAUGAUGAAAUUUCCAUCUGCUGACGAAAAAAAGAAUGGCUUUUUUAUUGUUUA